AUGGUGGACGCAGCAGCAGCAGAGCAGUUCCUGGAUGCCAACCCGCAGUUCGCCAAGCAGUACUAUGACAUCAACUUCCGGCCUAAGGUCAUCUCGGACCUGCUGGACAACAACCGCAAGUCGCUGGUGGACAUCAGCAAGUUCCACGAGCUGACGAUGGUGGAUGAGAGUGAGAUCAUGUUCGACCUGGUGCGGGACAUCCAGGACAACCUGCAGAUGGAGAAGUCCGUCUUCAACCUCAUGAGGCACCUGAGCUUCAUGAUGAGGGCCGAUCGCAUGAGCCUCUUCAUGUAUCGCCAGAGGAACGGCGUGGCUGAACUGGCAACCAGGUUAUUUAAUGUGGAUAAAGAUUCGGUGUUUGAGGACUGCCUGGUGGCACCUGACAGUGAAAUCGUGUACCCGCUGGACAUGGGCAUUGUGGGCCACGUGGCCACCAGCAAGAAGAUGGUCAACGUUCCUGAUGUAUCACAGAACGCUAAUUUCAGCAACUUUGUUGACGAGCUGACCGAGUAUCAGACCAAGAACGUCCUCGCCGUCCCCAUUAUGAACGGUAAAGACAUGGUGGCCGUCAUGAUGGCUCUCAACAAGCUGGAUGGACCGAGCUUCAAUGCCAAGGAUGAGGAGACUCUAAACAAAUACUUGAACUUCGCUAACCUGAUCCUGAGGGUUUUCCACCUGAGCUACCUGCACAACUGUGAGACCAGGAGGGGGCAGGUGCUGCUGUGGUCGGCCAGCAAGGUGUUUGAGGAGCUGACGGACAUAGAGAGGCAGUUUCACAAGGCCUUGUACACAGUCAGAGCUUUCCUCAACUGUGACCGCUACUCUGUGGGUCUGCUGGACAUGACGAAGACCAAGGAGUUCUUUGACUUGUGGCCCGUUCUGAUGGGAGAAGUUCCACCCUAUGACGGACCCAAAACUCCCGACGGCAGGGAAAUUAUCUUCUACAAAGUGAUCGACUACAUCCUCCACGGCAAAGAGGAUAUUAAAGUCAUACCGAACCCGACACCAGAUCACUGGGCCCUGGUCAGCGGUUUACCCACCUACGUAGCAGAGACCAGUCUGAUUUGUAACAUCAUGAAUGCAGCUGAGGAUGAAUUUUUCAAAUUCCAGACGGAGCCUCUGGACGACUCUGGCUGGACCAUUAAGAACGUCCUGUCUAUGCCAAUUGUCAACAAGAAAGAAGAGAUAGUGGGUGUGGCCACGUUCUAUAAUAGGAAGGAUGGGAAACCCUUUGAUGAAAUGGACGAAACACUGAUGGAGUCUCUGACCCAGUUCUUGGGCUGGUCGGUGCUGAACACUGACACCUACGACAAGAUGAACAAGCUGGAGAACAGGAAGGACAUCUUCCAGGACAUGGUGAUGUACCAUGUCAAGUGUCGCAAGGACGAAAUCCAGCACGUUCUGAACACCAGAGAGAGAUGGGGGAAGGAACCGGACGAGUGUGAAGAGGAGGAGCUUCAGGAGAUUCUGUCCGAGGUUUUGCCAGACUCUAAAAAAGUUGAGAUCUUCGAGUUUCACUUCUACGACUAUCACCACACUGAGCUGGAGCUGGUGAAGUGUGGCAUCAAGAUGUACUACGAGCUGAAAGUGGUGGACAAGUUUCACAUCCCCAGAGAGGCCUUGGUGAGGUUCGUAUACUCCCUCAGCAAAGGCUACAGGAGGAUCACCUACCACAACUGGAGACACGGAUUCAACGUCGGACAGACCAUGUUCACUCUGCUGAUGACGGGUGAUCUGAAGCGUUACUACACGGACCUGGAGUGUAUGGCGAUGGUGACUGCUGGCCUCUGUCACGAUAUUGACCACAGAGGAACCAACAACCUCUACCAAAUGAAGUCUGGUAAUCCUCUGGCGAAGCUUCACGGCUCCUCCAUCUUGGAAAGACACCAUCUGGAGUUUGGCAAGACUUUGCUGAGAGAUGAGUCAUUGAAUAUUUAUCAGAAUCUGAACCGCCGUCAGCACGACCUGGUCAUCCACCUCAUGGACAUCGCCAUCAUUGCCACUGAUCUCGCUCUCUACUUCAAAAAGAGGACGAUGUUCCAGAAGAUCGUGGAUCAAUCGAAGACCUACGAGAACUGGAAUGAUUGGACCAAGUACAUGAUGCUGGAGACCACACGCAAAGAGAUCGUCAUGGCCAUGAUGAUGACUGCCUGUGACUUGUCUGCCAUCGCCAAGCCGUGGGAGGUCCAGAGCAAGGUGGCGCUGUCUGUUGCUGCAGAGUUCUGGGAGCAGGGAGACCUGGAGAGGACAGUCCUGGAGCAACAACCCAUUCCUAUGAUGGACAGAAACAAAGCAGACGAUCUGCCAAAGCUGCAGUGUGGUUUCAUCGACUUUGUCUGCGCUUUUGUGUACAAGGAGUUCAGCCGUUUUCACGUGGAGAUCACCCCCAUGCUGGAUCGCCUACUGAACAACAGGAAGGAGUGGAACGCCCUGAAGGAGGUGCAUGAAGCCAAACUGGCUGCACUCGAGGAAGCGAAGAAAGCCAAGGAGGAGGCAACUCAGCAAGCUGCAGCAGCCAGACAAGCGAGUGCAUCCCAGUCACAGUCAAAGACCUGUAUUGUCAGCUAGAGAUGCUUCAGUCCUGCCACCUUUCUUGCUACAUGGUCGUCGUGUAGCACUGGGUCUUUCCUUUUUUUUUUUUUGGUGGGG